GGCGCAACUUUUGUUGCUUUUGGAAAAAACUUAAUUCAGUUAUUUAUUGUUAAUGAGGUAUUUGUAAGAAACUCAUGAAAUGUGAUUUCAAUCAUUUGACAGUAAUAUUAAAGGCCGAGUUUAUUGACAUUUAGUGUUAUCGUAGUUGAACUCGUCAAUUUUGAAUUUAUUGAAGAAUGUUUUCUACAAAUUUUGAUUGUAUUAACAUUUGCUGACAAUGUCAUGCUUAAUCGGUGCUUCCAAUGUUAAAAUUUUCGGCAAAGCAUUCCAUGCCCUAGUCAAAAUUGCAGAUGAUUUAUACAUCGAAGCUCUCCCGGCCGGACUAGUAUUUCAUACUGUGAAUUCAUCAAAAUCUGCAUAUGCAUGCUUCACAUUCAAGCCUGAUUUCUUUAUCUCAUAUAGAGAUGAUUCGUGUGAAAAACGUAAAGUUUUGCUCAAGUCAUGUCUUAUGGCAUUUCGAUCUCUCCCCACACUCGAAAAGAAUGUCGAAAAAUGUCUUUUUGAUAUCACCAGUAUGCCGGAAUAUUUGCAUCUAAAGUUUUUUUGCAAAUAUGGCAUGACAAAAAUUUAUCAGCUAAACUUGAUUGAGAAUGAGACUGUUCAAGGAUCUUUUCCUAAAAGUGGAUUUCUGUGCAAGCUCAGUGCCUCUUCUAGACUCUUUCAUGAUGGAAUUCAAAAUUUUAGUAACUCUGUAGAAGAAUUGACAUUAACCGUGUGUACAAACAAAGUGAUUCUUCGGAACUAUGUCGAUGAUGAGCCAGAUCCCAAUAAAGUGGUUCAUACGGAACUGACGUUAGAAUCGGAAGAAUUUGACAUUUUUGAAGUGGAGCAAGAAACGAAAAUUACUUUUUGCCUUAAGGAAUUGAAAGCAAUCUUGAGUUUCUCAGAAGGCUUCAGUGUUCCCAUCACAAUACAGUGUCAAGCCGGUGGAAAACCCGUUACCUUCAGCAUCACAGGCUUGCGAGGAGUGGAUGUGCAGUUUGUGUUAGCGACUUUAGCAGACAGAGACACCCAGUCGUCGUCAUGCAGCAGCUCCGUUCUCAGAACGUCAGUCUCGCAAAACACUCAAGUUAAGAAAAAGACAAUAAAAGGCGGAAACAAAAAAUUGCCGGAGAACGAAACUGUUUCAAUUCACCAACAAGCUUCAGCAAAUAACACAUUACAAAAUGCUAAUUUACCUAAACUAAUCUCUUUGAGUGAUGAUGAUGAUGAUGAGUCAUUACUAGAAGGAAAUCUGGAACUUAACAAUGAUAAUGUGGAAGAUGUUGUUCCUUCAACUCCACCUCACAAAAAGUUUCGUUCGAUGUUUCUGGGUUUGUCUCAAGCAACAUGCGUCUCCAUGAUGCCCGAGAACGAUGAAGUGCUCGUUGUAGACAGCGAUGAAGAAUUCUUGGACUCUUAACUCUGCUGAGAAUUUGACAUUUUUAACUUGUGUAAAAGAUCUUUAAUACCUUUACAGUUGAAAAUAAUGCAAAUGGUGCCUCGAAAUGUGAUAUUGAUGUCAUUGUGUAUCACUAGGCUGUCGUUCAAGAACGAAAA